UACUGUCCACGAUGCUGCAUCGACUGAUUGCUUCUCAGGACUCUAGGGUCCUCUUCGGUCGAGCUAGUCGAGCUCGUCAUGUGUGUUGAAGGUACAUGCGAUACAUCAUUCUGGGACUUCUGUUGAUGAAUAUCUCGCGGUACACCGUGACGGGGCACACUCAAUGCGCACUGUCGCUUUCCUGGCGGGCGCCUACGGAGCGCAAUGUUCCGGCAGGCCAGCGCCCACUGUCUGGCUUACCGCCGGGAGUACGUACCGAAGGUAUAUCGGCCGGCCACAUCAUGGCCCAGCAGCAAACUGUGUUCGACGAUAGGCCUGCUCUGCUGGCCGCUUCCCCGACAUUCUUGAUGUCGAGUGACAUUGAGGGUUCGAAGCCACCUUUCCUCCAUGCGUUUCAGGUUUAUUUUCAUCCAUCUGCGAUCGAGAACGAGAUUCGGUCCAGCCCUAGUGGAGCAAGUGGGAAGCCGCUGGCUCCACGCUCCACACUCGCUGCCCCACGCUUCGCGGUCCACGCUUGCUCGCAUCCUACUGAUGGCGGCGCGACGCAUCGCAUCACCAGACGUCGCGCCCUCCAUUGCUAUGGCUGGGGUUGGCUGAUCUGGCCAUGGCUGGCCUGCAUCGUCCGGCCCUCUCGUCCAACGACAAAAGGAUAAGAAUAGCUGGCAUCCCAUCCCCAUCUGCCCCCCCAUCUCUCUUUUGCUUCCAUAUCUCAGACAUCUCUCUUCUUUUCCUAUCCACCAGACUUCUCAGGAGAGGUCGGGUCGUCAUCAUACGACCGUAGUCGUCAAUUACGGCCUCUGUGCCCCCUUCGCUUUCCUACGUCUCCCACACCAACAGAGCUGGCCUCCACCCCCCAAAAGUUCACCAACACCAUAAUCUAUAAUAUCUCCUGUGUGCCCAAGCAAGGCACAGCACUCACCAUG